UUUUGUCUUUUAUUGUGUGGAUUGCGCUUUUCGAAGUCAGACAUAUAAAUAAGACAAUGCAAAUAUACAAUAAGAGCUCUAAUUUUUUAGGACGCGUACUUUUUCGCCAAGAGCAGAUAUAUUUCGCCAAAAAGUGGCAGCUGAAAAAGACUGACAACGAGAUGGAUUUUAUGAUUCCGUCUUAAGAGCCUUUUCGAUAUUUUGGCUGAAAAUUAAAUGUGGCUAAUUUUGUUUUUAAUGGCCGCCGUAAAGUAGAAUUAAUUAUUGACCAAAAGAAAAUCCUCUGCAAUUAGGCUGAUGUUUGCUUUGUUUCUUUGCUGAAAGAUGAAACGGAAAUAAGUAAAAAAAAGGGGAUGUCUCAAGCUGGUUCUACGGCUAGCUCAGUGAAACGGCACAGUUCUUUGUCACAUUGGGCGGAGGAUAUACCGAAUGAUAUAUCCCAACAUUCGCUCUCAUCCCAUCACCACCAUAACUAUGACAACGAAUGGGAUGCAAAAGAAGAAUUGAGGCUAAGAGAGCUAGAAGAGGCCAGAGCUAGGGCUGCUCAGAUGGAAAAAACAAUGCGUUGGUGGUCAGAUUGUACAGCAAACUGGCGGGAAAAAUGGAGUAAAGUCAGGACAGAAAGAAAUAAAGCGAGAGAGGAAUCAAGGGUAUUAAGGGGAAAGCUGGAAACUGCUGCCAAAGAAUGCAAUACUCUUAGAAGGGAAAAACAGGAGCUUUUUGCUCAAGUGGAGAAAUUAAGAAAGGAGAAUAAAUUAUUUAGUAACAAACAAGACUACAAUGAGGAGAAGAAAGAAGAUCUUGUAUAUUCUUCGGGUACGGAGAUUCCCGAGAGGGAUGUCGGCCCGGGGGAAAUCUUGGACGAGCGUGUUAUCACCGAUUCUCUUCCGUCUAAACAAUUUGAUGUCGAGGAAAAAGGCGUUUCCGACCCCCCUGAUGUCUCUCAAGAUCUGCAAUUUUUGGAAAAACUAUUGCUUGGUGAUGAUUCUAGAACUCCUGUUAACGAGAAAAAGUGCUCCCGCCUUUCGCGAGGCGAAAUGAACGAUUUUGCAGUUCCAGAACUUACCGAGCAAAAGUUAGCCAUGUUGCAACUUCGGCUAGAAGAGGCUUCGAAGACGAUCAUUGCUGAGAGGCAAGAGAAGAACAAAUUAAUGAAAAGUAUGGAGAAGUUGCAGACAGAGUAUAACCAAAUUCACAUGAAGUAUGAUGAUCUAAAAAAAUCCAAACAGGAUGCUUUAAAAGAAUUAAACCAAAUUAAAGCUGAGCAUCAAGAUGAGCUGGACAAUAUGAGGCUAGAUCUUGAAGAUGAAGCAAAUAAUCGUAGUACGUUAGACCAAAGGCUUGCUGAACUUCGUUCUGAGCUGGAGAGACUUCAGGGAGAAAAUGCAGCCGAGUGGGGGAGGAGAGAACGUUUGGAAACAGAGAAGCUGAGCCUUGAACGAGAAAAUAAAAAAUUGAGAACGCAAAUCGAAGACUUAAAUGAAAGAUUAGAGAGGAAAACUAAACAGAUGACUAUGGCAUCUGAUUUUGAUGUGAAAGCACUUCAAGUUGAACUAUAUGAAAAAAAUAAAGAAUUAGCUGAUCUGAAACAUGCACACACAAAAUUAAAAAAAGUUCUUCAGGAUAAAUCGACAGAGCUUGCACAUGCCAUUCGUCGAUCAGAGCAGUAUGAAGCAGAAGUCAAGAAAUUGAGGGGAAGAAUCGAGGAACUGAAAAAAGAAUUGGCAUCUGCUGAAGAUGAGGUGGAUAGUGCCUCAAAUAACAUAAGGAAGCUUCAACGUACAAAUGAUGAGCUCACGGAGCAAGUUGAAGGUCUACAAGUGCAAGUAGAACAUCUGCAAACUAG